AUCUCAGACACUUUCAUCAGUGAGCAUCACCUGGCUUAGAUGCUGUUGUCUGGUUCGGUCCAGCUCACAGACGCGUCCGCGUUCACUCAUCGCACUACAUUCUUCUUCUGCACCUUCAAAAGGAACAGAACUCGCGUACUGUACUGUAUACUACAACUGUAGUGCAACAAGGGGAAUUUUCCAAAUGAACACAAAGCGACAGACAGCUGUAGCUACCAGACGCCAAAGUGUUGCGUAUUUAGGACAAUAGUGGACUACCACCGACUUCUCUGGUUUCUGCUUUUGGUUUCCUUCAGUCAAAAUUCGAUUGUGUGAACAACAUGAAGAUGUCUCCCUCAGACCGAAGGAAAUACGUGCGUGAUCUGGCGCUGGAGAUUGCCAUAAGAGUGCUGCUCUUCGGAGUUUUUGUGUUCACAGAGUUCCUGGAGCCUUUUGAAAGAGUUAUCCAACCUGAGGAACUAUGGCUCUACAAGAACCCUCUGGUGGAAUCAGACCACAUCCCAAAGAGAGUCAUGUUUGCAAUUUCAUUCCUCACCCCGCUGGCUGUGAUAUUUGUGGUGAAGAUUAUACAGAGGACAGACAAGACCGAAAUUAAAGAGGCUUGUUUAGAGGAAUAUGUGGUUUAA